AUGGCUGCAGAAAAUCACUCAACAGUGACCGAGUUCAUUCUCAGGGGCUUGACAAGUCAGCCAGAUCUCCAGCUCCCACUUCUCCUCCUCUUCCUUGGGAUCUACUUGGUCACCGUGAUGGGGAACCUGGGCAUGUUCACACUGAUUUGUCUGAAUGCUCAGCUUCACACCCCCAUGUACUACUUCCUCAGCAACCUGUCACUUGUGGAUCUCUGCUACUCCUCUGCCAUUACCCCUAAAAUGUUGGUGAACUUUGUGUCAGAGAAGAACAUCAUCUCCUAUUCAGGGUGCAUGUCACAGCUCUACUUCUUCCUACUGUUUGUCAUUGCUGAGUGUUACAUGCUGACAGUGAUGGCCUAUGACCGCUAUGUCGCCAUCUGCAGCCCUUUGCUCUACAAUGUCAUCAUGAGUCAUCAAGUCUGCUCCCUGCUGGUGGCUGUGGUCUAUGCCAUGGGGCUCAUUGGCUCAACAAUAGAGACUGGCCUCAUGUUAAAACUGUCCUAUUGUGAGCUCCUCAUCAGCCAUUACUUCUGUGACAUCCUCCCUCUCAUGAAGCUCUCCUGCUCUAGCACCUACGAUAUUGAGAUGACAGUCUUCUUUUUGGCCGGAUUUAACAUCAUACUCACCAGUUUAACAGUCCUUGUUUCCUAUGCCUUCAUCCUCUCCAGCAUCCUCCGCAUCAGCACCACAGAGGGCAGGUCCAAAGCCUUCAGCACCUGCAGCUCCCACCUUGCUGCUGUGGGGAUGUUCUACGGGUCUACUGCGUUCAUGUACCUGAAACCCUCCACGGCCAGUUCCCUGGCCCAGGAGAACAUAGCCUCUGUGUUCUACACUACAGUGAUUCCCAUGCUGAACCCCCUGAUCUACAGCUUGAGGAAUAAGGAGGUAAAGGCUGCUUUGCAGAAAACACUGAGGAGAAAAAUGUUCUGA